GAAACAGCUCAUACAGAAACAUAACCGACAGAGCUAGCAUCAUCAAUCUAUGAAAUUCGGCUCAUCUUGGAUUCUUUAUAGAUUUGUACUCCAUUAAUCUUUUUUGAAGAGUUUGUAGUGAAGAUGGGAGUUCCGAAAUUUUACCGGUGGAUAUCAGAGCGCUAUCCGUGUCUGAGUGAAGUUGUCAAAGAGCAUCAGAUCCCAGAGUUUGACAACCUUUAUUUAGAUAUGAACGGAAUCAUCCACCAAUGUUCCCACCCUAAUGAUGAGGACGUACACUUCCGUAUUUCUGAGGAGAAGAUUUUCGCUGACAUUUUCCACUACCUGGAGGUGCUCUUCCGCAUUAUCAAGCCCAGGAAAGUCUUUUUUAUGGCGGUGGAUGGAGUUGCACCCAGGGCCAAGAUGAACCAGCAGCGUGGGAGAAGAUUCAGGUCAGCAAAAGAAGCCGAGGAGAAAAUCAAGAAGGCUUUGGAGAAAGGCGAAGUUUUACCCACAGAGGCCAGAUUUGACUCUAACUGCAUCACGCCUGGAACGGAUUUCAUGGCCAGGCUACAAGAGCAGCUUAAAUAUUUUGUUCACUAUAAGCUGUCCACAGACAAAACAUGGCAGGGAGUAAAUGUGUAUUUGUCUGGUCAUGAGACCCCUGGUGAAGGAGAGCACAAGAUAAUGGAGUUCAUUCGCUCUGAGAGCGCCAAGCCGGGUCAUAACCCAAACACAAGACACUGCCUUUACGGUCUGGAUGCUGACCUGAUAAUGCUUGGCUUGACCAGCCAUGAGCCUAAUUUUUCUCUCCUCAGAGAGGAGGUACGCUUCGGAGGCAAAAAGUCACAAAAGAGGAUAUCAGCUCCUGAGGAGACGACCUUUCACCUGCUCCACCUCUCGCUUAUGAGGGAAUACAUUGACUAUGAGUUUUCAGAGCUCAGGAAAAAGAUCUCAUUUGAGUAUGACCUGGAGCGGAUCAUAGAUGACUGGGUUCUGAUGGGUUUCCUGGUGGGGAAUGACUUCAUCCCUCAUCUUCCUCACCUGCACAUCAAUCAUGAUGCACUGCCGCUGCUCUACCGAACUUACAUCAGUGUGCUGCCCACUAUCGGGGGCUACCUGAAUGAAAACGGUCACCUCAACCUUGCCCACUUUGAGAAGUACUUGGAGAAGCUCUCGGAUUUUGACCGUGAUCACUUCAACGAGGUGUUUGUGGAUCUGAAGUGGUUUGAGAGUAAGGUGGGGAACAAAUACCUGAACGAGGCAGCUGGGCUGGCAGCCGAGGAGGCUGAUAUCAAAGACAUGAAGAAGAGUAAGGCUUCAGACGGCUCCCUCUGUCUUGCUGCACUUGAUGGAGUCAAGGACUCUAACAGCACUCCAGGAAGAGCACCAGAAGGAACAGAUGAGGACGGUGAGGAUGAUGAUAUGUUUGAAACAGAGUUUCGACAAUAUAAGCGCACCUAUUACAUGACCAAAAUGGGUGUUGAAGUCGUUUCAGAUGAAUUUUUGGCCAAUCAGGCUAAAUGUUAUGUGGAAGGGAUCCAGUGGAUCUUACACUACUACUACCAUGGAGUUCAGUCCUGGAGCUGGUAUUACCCGUACCACUAUGCUCCCUUCCUAUCUGAUGUGAGAAACAUUUCUAGUCUCACUUUGACCUUUGAGCUGGCCAAACCCUUCUUGCCAUUCGAGCAGCUCUUGGGUGUCCUGCCUGCAGCCAGCAAAGACCUACUUCCACAGUGUUACCAGCACCUAAUGACAUCACCAAGCUCACCCAUUGUUGAGUAUUACCCACAAGACUUUAGAACAGACCUGAACGGCAAACAGCAAGAGUGGGAAGCUGUGGUGCUCAUCCCGUUUAUUGAUGAGAAAUGCUUGUUAGCUGCAAUGGAGCCCUACGCCCAUCAAAUGACCCCGUCAGAGAAAGCCAGGAACAGACAUACCGAGUGUGCUGUCUACUGCUUUGAUAAAGAGCUGGACUAUGCCUACAACUCGCCAUUACCCCAAAUCCUUUCCGACAUCAUCCACUGCCAUGUCAGGCAAACGCCAAUCCCGAUGGAUGCAUGGCGUGUGUCACUGGAUCACGUAGGGCGCAGGGUUGACCGAGGAGCUCUUUACUUCAGUGGCUUCCCCACCUUACAACACAUCCAGCAUAAAUUUUAUAAGAAGAAAAGUGGGGUGAUGGUGUUUCAACAAAGCAGCAGAGGAGAGAGCAUGAUACUGGAGAUUUUAGACAGCCAAGAGAUGGAACAGGUAGAUAAUGUUGCAGCACUGGUUCUCGGAAAGCCUGUGUUUGUGAACUGGCCCCAUCUAAUGGAAGCUCGAGUAGUAGCUGUUUCAGAUGGAGAAAUUAAGUAUUCUUUAGAGGAACCCUCAGGAUCACAGAUGCUGUAUUUGGGGAACACUUCUCCCCCUGCUAAAGUGACCAAUCUGACUGAUAAAGAGCAGAAGGAGUGGGUUAAAGAGGUGCAAGGCCUCACAGAGCACUUCGGCAAGCGUAAAGGCAUUGUGAUCAGUGAGACGGAUGUGGUAGUAUACGCCCAGCUGCUGACAGGCAGGAAGUAUGUCAUCGGUCAGAACGGAAAGGUCCUUUUGGAGAAGCAGUUUGCCAAACAGGUCCUGCCCUAUCCAUACCAGACCAUUGUGAAGGAUAUCAAAGCCUUUGACUCUUCAAUGGCACACUUCAAGACAUUGGAGGAGCUUUUCCCCCCAGGAAUCUCAGUAUUUAUGGUUGGAAACCCAUAUUAUGGUGCAAUAGGAGAUGUGCAAGACUCUAGUGAUGUCAUCAGUGAGGGACGAGUCAGAGUGGUCUUCUCUAUACCAUGUGAUCCUCAACUUGAUGCCUUAAUACAGAACCAGCAUAAAUACUCUGUGAAGUACAGUCCCGGGUAUGUGCUUGCCUCCCGCCUCGGAAUCACUAGCUACCUCGUCUCAAGGUUCUCCGGUAGCAUCUUCAUUGGAAGAGGAUCCAAGAAGAAUCCUCAUGGAGAGCAGAAAGUGAAUGUGGGCCUUAAUCUCAAGUUCAACAAGAAGAAUGAGGAAGUUCCUGGAUACACCAAGAGAACAGAAAAGGAGUGGCUCUACUCUGCUGCUGUAGAGGAACUGUUAUCUGAAUACUUAGAAAGAUUUUCAGAAGUGUUUGACUUUGUAGCGAGAAAUAGUCACGAUGACUUCCUUUAUGAAGAUGACAUCUGGCCAGGAGAGGAUGAGAAUGGGGCUGAGAAGAUCCAGGAGAUCCAGACCUGGCUUAAAACUAACCCCGUCAGCUCUUCCUCCCGAUCGUCAUGUGACCUUCAGAUCCUGGACACUGGCAUUGUGGAGAAGAUUGAGGAGGAGCUGGAGAAAACCAAGGCAAAGAAGAUGAACAAGAAAGUGCGUGUCACUGUGAAGCCUUACCUGCUCUUCAGGCCGCUGGAGCAGCAGCAUGGUGUAGUUCCUGAUCCUGAGGCAGAAUACAACCUGUUUGACCGUGUUGUGAACGUCAGAGAGAGUUUCUCUGUUCCACUCGGCCUUCGAGGAACUGUCAUUGGUAUCAAAGGAGCUGAACGAGAGGCUGAAGUUCUGUAUGAGGUCCUGUUUGAUGAGGAGUUUGCUGGAGGACUCACUAUCAGGUGCUCUCCUGGUCGUGGCUAUCGAUUGCCCCCCAGUGCCUUAAUCAACCUGAGUCAUGGCAGCAGGAAGGAAAAGGGUUCACACAAACUCACUGCCGUUGUCAAACCACAGCCCUCUUCCUCACAUCCAGCACACAAGAGCCAGCUAGGUGGCCUUAACCACUCGCCACGCUCACCGUUUAUACCUACACAGCAGCAGAAUGGCCAACAAAGUUUUAAUCUCAGGGCUGACACUCAGGGCAACAGACACUCGCCUCAUAAAGCCCUCAACCAGAAAAACCAACACAAGGACUCUAGUACAGAGAUGGAGUUCAGUAAUGUGUGGCAGUCUCUGCAGAGUUCAGGAAUACCCCAGAAACCACCUGCUCACUGGCAAAACAAUGCUUGGAAAAGCAGUGGAUCAGAGCCACAACAGCGGCAACUGGAGGUACAAAAUAAACAGAGCCAAGGCAACGACUCAUCCAACAAACCUGCUGCAGGUGGCAAUAUUAGACUGCUCAAGAGAAAUGAUAAUUUGAAUGCUGCUCUCCUACAGGGGCCUUCAGAUAAGGUAUCCACAGAAUUUGAAGAGCUAAUAGCUAAUCUGAUGAUCUCAAAGGAGCCUGAGCCCACCCAGUACCAUCCGCCUAAAGACCCCAAGAGCCAAUCAGGAGAGCCUCUCUCUCCACAUUCCUUUGCCAUGAAGGGAACUCUGGUGUUGAAAGAAAUGUUGAAAAUUGACAACUCGGCAACAAGUUCAUCUGCCCCUGACUCUACUUCAUUUUCUGGAGGCCAGAAUUCGGAAACCCCCACCACCCAACAGCAACAACAGAGCAAGAGACGCUCCAGCAAAAAGCUAGCUGCUCGGAUAAACACACCUCAGAAUGAGGCCCCAGCACUUCCUCUGUCAGGCCAGCCUCCCAUCCUGCCCAGCAUAGCUGCUGAGCUCGGCCGGGUGUGCAUGAAUCUAGGGAUGGGACCUCCGGAGUUUGCCUUUCUCCACAACAGACAGAGUCUAACAGUGUGUCAGGUGAAAUUGUCGAAUGGUCUGCUGGUGCACGGUCCUCAAUGUCAUUCUGAAACCGAAGCCAAAGAGAAAGCUGUGCUCUUUGCCCUUCAACGCUUGAACUCGUUGGGUUCAUUUCCACUGCCUCCUUCCAUAUUCCCUGCAGUUCAGCAGAUGAGGCCUCUCGCACCUCAUCCCACUAUGUUUAGUCAGCCACCAGGUGGUCUUUUGAUGCCCCCACAAGGCUUUGGACCACUUCACUGGGGUAUGCAACUUCCUCACCAGGGGCAGCCAUUCUAUGGAGGAACAUUCCCUGGAGCAUGGCCCCCUGCAUCCACUUCAGCCGGCGGAUCUCAUAACCAGUUUGUUCCCCUCCAGGUGACCAAGAAGCGAGUUUCAGGCCAAUCCAGGAACCAAGAGGCAAAACAGCUGUCAACCAGCACUGCCAAUGCUGGUCAGAUCGAGGGCAGCGGACCUUCUCAACCAGCUUCAGUGCCCCCAUCAGAUCACAAGACCCACACGCACACCCAUGAGCCUGCAGAGAAGCCCACCCCAACCACACCUAAGACACCCAGGCAAAAGACCAACACUCACACGCCUGGCUCGGCCUCCAAGCGGAAACACAGGAAACUCGCAGUCAACUUUGAGGCUGCUAAAGUGACGGACUGAAAUCAUUUUACCAUGCAGUCUGUCUCUCAUUAGCUCUCCAAAUUAUCAUAAUUACAAAAGAGCGCUAUGACAGUUGUCUAUGUUUUCAUGACUCGAUCAUGCUUGUAGAGACAUAAUUUAUACAUCUCUGGCUCCAAAAUUGUUUUGUAUUCGUUUUAGUUUUGAGUGGCGAAGAAAACUUUUAUUGCUAUUGAUUACUGCACCAAAUGAUCAUAGAAUAGUUGAUCAUGAAAGAGGUUUUAUGUUUACCUCAGCUCUUUUUUGACUGAAUAUCAAAUCCUUAAGCUUUUAUUAUGAUCACUGGUUACUUCCCAGCACUGGAUUUUAAUGUUCAAAGUGCAAUAAUUAGUUUUGUAGGAACAUUAUGUACACGGAAGUAAUACAAUUUGACACAAACUGCCACAAUGUACCAUCUGUACUGAGAUUUUUGUUUUUGUUUUUUGUUUUUUUACAUAUAUGUUGCACAGUUUUGCUGUCCAGCAUGGGAGAACAGAUAAUCUUAUCUUCUUAAGGUGUAACUUUAGAACGCAGUUAAACAGGCUGAACCCUUGGAGCCAGUUUCAGAGGUUCGAAUUAAACCCAGUGCUGUUCUAAAAAUUUUUGGAACUACUAAUCUACAGUAGGUGUUAAAACCAGCCUAUUAUGUUCACGCAGAGAUGUAAGCAAAUAUAAUCUCUGUGGACCCAUGGUCAGGUGGGGGAUGCAAAUUUGAACACAACUGCCUUUCUAAUAAGAUGUUGUUUAUUGCUUGAUUUUUGUAUUUUCAUGUGGGUUAUGGACAUUUCAAACUGAUUUUAUUUUUAUAUUAGCCUACCUUUAUUUCCUGGGGAGGUGUUAAAGUUCUAUGAUUUUAAAAUGAAUUUUGAGUAUUAAGAUCCAUGGAUUUUAUAUGCACCAUUUUACAAAUGGGUAAAUAGCAAUUAUUAAUAUUUCUCUUUCAAGCUGUGCUCGUGGCCUUUUGUUUUCAUCAUCUCUGCAUAUUUGUAUCCCAGCAGAUCUUUUUUGUCCAAGUUUUAAAAUGUUGAAAUUACGAACGUAAACACGUUAAUUUUUAAAAGCAUUAUGUUGUUUAUUUAAUGACUUGAAAAAAAUGAGUGCACCUCCUAAUUAGGUGGCAUGCUGUAAAUGAACAUUUUGUUAUCAUAAUAAACAUUUUGCUAUCAUAA